AUUCUUUUUCUCGUCCAUGCUUGCCCCUUCUAAACUGCCACUGCCAGCGGGCUUUGUGAAAUCACCUCUGUCUGAAACCAAGCUCACGGGCGACACCUUUGAGCUUUUCUGUGAUGUAGUGGGAAACCCCACUCCUGAAAUCCAGUGGUGGUACUCUGAGAUCAAUCGAGCCGAUUCCUUCAGGCAGCUAUGGGACGGGGCCCGCAAGCGGCGGGUGUCCAUCAGCACCGUCUAUGGUGUCGAUGCAGUUAGUGUGCUGGGAGUAUCCUAUCUCACGCUGGACGACAUCGGGACGUACGAGUGCAGAGCCAGCAACGACCCAAGACGCAACGACCUGCACAUAAAUCCCGCCACCACCUGGGUCCGCGCACAGGCUACGAUAACCGUGCUGCAGAAGCCGUCAAUCGCUGCCUCCGAGCACACGUCCCUUCCCGUAGAAGGCCACAGUCCACCUCUCACUCUGCAGUGCAACUUGAGCAGCAGCGACUAUGCCGUCCUGGAGAGCUACUGGAUGAAAAAUGGGGAGGAGAUCCCAGAAACACGCACUGCCAAUCGGAACAUCGAGUACAGGCUGAAUAAACCGAGAGGAGAUGACGCUGGUGUGUACAUGUGCGUCUUCACUUUUGGGAUGUCUCCUGCUGCCAACACCACGAUUGAAGUUAAAGCCGCUCCUGAGAUUACAGGCCACAAGCGCAGUGAAAAUAAGAAUGAGGGCCAGCGUGCUUUGCUGUACUGUAAAUCCGUGGGCUACCCUAAUCCUAGCUGGACCUGGCGUAAACUUGAAAACGGCAUAUAUAGGGAAAUCGACAACUCAUCCGGACGCUUCUCCAUCAGCAGCAAAGACAAUUACACCGAGCUCAGCAUCACCAAUCUGGACAUUAAUUUGGACCCAGGCGAGUACCAGUGCAACGCCACCAAUUUGAUUGGCAGCAGUGACGAGAGGUCCGUGCUGAGAGUCCGCAGCCAUUUGGCCCCCUUAUGGCCUCUUUUGGGGGUGUUGGCUGAGAUCAUCAUCCUGAUCGUCAUCAUCGUUGUUUAUGAGAAGCGUAAGAAGCCUGAGGAUUUACAAGACGAUGAUGACCCGGCAGGACCAGUGAAAACCAAUUCGACCAACAACCACAAAGACAAGAACCUGCGCCAGAGGAAUACAAAUUGAGCCGCCUGUCUACAGAGUUACAUUUUACAUGUAUUGACCACUUGAAGGUAAACAACAAAUGGAAUCGACGCCAGCUGUUGCUAGAAUAUUUCUGCCAUUCAAAGUGUGGUUGAAUGAGGCAUGCCUUAUGAUUUUUUUUUUUUCUGGUGUUUUCUGGCGCGAGAUGCUCUUAUUCAUUCAUAUCCUGACGGGAUUGUUACCAUCAACCAUUGUUACUGCAUGCAAACAGUGGCGUGUAUGAUUUAGUUGCUCUCCCCCUCUUAUUCGCUACUUUUACACUUUUACUACUUAGAAAAUAAUUGCAUGCGAGAUGUUGGCCCGCGACUCGAGACAGCUUUUUCUCCUGUAUAUUUAUUUAUUUUUCCUCUCAACGCGACUUAAAUGAGAUAAUCUAUACAUUUCAAGAGAGAAAAUGAUCACCUUUCAGCAAUGUAGAAAAUGACGCCAUCAGAUAUGGCAGUUUUGUACGGUUUUAUCAUGCGGCUGCAUAUCAAUUACCUAAGAUUCAUCAUAAUAUUAACACUACAUUUCAAGGGCUUUGCAACGUCCCUCUAAGAUUCCAUUUAUGUAUGUAUGUACGAAUCACUAGAGCUAUGUACUGAUGAUAAAUAGUAUGAUGCACUUAAAUGUUGACAAUAAUGGGAACCUGUACAAACCUAUUUUAUGAAAUCUGUAACUAUCAUUCUAACAUUGUUUUGUCAUGACAGUGUGUAUUGUACAGCAUGGCUUUUCUCCUAUGCAACUAAUAUCCAUACAAAACAUUGCAGCUUUUAUUUAUUUUUUUUCUUUCUGUGACAAAGCUUUAAACUAUAGUAGGAUCAUCUAUAGGGCAUAGACGUUGUAGUACACUGCUGCAUGGUUUCUGUACAGCGGACGGGAUUGGACAGCCUGCUACACAAAUUCUCGAGUCAUUUUUAAGAAUAAACAUUUGAAAGAAAAAAAA